CUUGAAUUGGACUUGGGAGCGCAUUGAAGGAUUGUGUGGUUUUUCAAUUUCAGAUGCUGCUUAGUUAGACAAAAGGUGGCCAAGAAUACCUCAUGAAAUGGCUGAAUCAGAAGAAGCUGAGGCUCAGUGGCUGUAUGAAGUUCUAAAAGAAGUUCAACUUGAAAGGUUCUAUACAAGAAUCAGAGAUGAGCUACAGGUGACCCGGCUCUCCCACUUUGACUAUGUGCGGCCCGAGGACCUGGAGAAGACGGGCCUGGGCCGGCCGGCGGCGCGCCGGCUCAUCGAGGCGGUCCGCCGCCGCAAGCAGCAGCAGUGGCGGCGCAACCUCAUCAGUCGGCUGAUCCCGCUCCGUCCGCGGCCGCAGCAGCAGGCGGCGGCGGCGCAGCAGGGCGAGCCGGCGGCCGGGGCCGACGGCCAGGAGCCGGCGCUGUCACCACACACCGUCCGGCUCACCUGCCUCAUACAGGAGAAGGACCUGGCGCUGCACGAGCGGCUGGGCGACGGCUCGUUCGGUGUGGUGCGCCGCGGCGCGUGGAGCGACCACGCCGGACGCUCGCUGCCCGUCGCCGUCAAGGUACUUAAACAGGAGGUGCUCAACCAGGCUGGCGUGUUCGAGGACUUUGUCAAGGAGGUGGAGGCCAUGCACCAACUGACGCACCACAAUCUGGUCACUCUGUACGGCGUAGUGCUCGGCCAGCCGAUGAUGAUGGUGACCGAGUUGUGUCCCUUGGGAAACCUCCAGGACUACCUCAGGAAACAGAUCUGUCGUAUCUCGCUGCUCGUAUUGUCGGACUACGCGCGUCAGGUGGCCGCCGGGAUGGCCUACCUGGAGUCGCGCCGGUUCGUCCACCGCGACCUGGCCUGCCGCAACGUGCUGCUACCGUCCGCUGAAAGGGUGAAGAUCGGCGACUUUGGUCUGAUGCGGGCCAUCCCACUGCAGGAAGACUGCUACGUGAUGACGGAGCAGAAGAAGGUGCCGUUCCCCUGGUGUGCUCCCGAGAGCCUCAAGACGCGCCAGUUCAGCCACGCCUCAGACGUGUGGAUGUUCGGCGUCACUCUGUGGGAGAUGGUGACGUUCGGUGAGGAGCCGUGGGUCGGCCUGAACGGCGCCCAGAUCCUGCAGAAGAUCGACUCGGAGGGGGAGCGGCUGCGGCAGCCGGACGCCUGCUCCGACCAGCUCUACCAGCUGAUGCUGCAGUGCUGGUCACACAGGCCGGCCGACCGGCCGAAUUUCGCGGCGCUGGUGGAUUUUCUGAAGGAGACCCGUCCGGCGGUGAUGAAGGCUAGCCGCGACUACCACGAGGAGGGCAGACUGGAGGUGCACACUGACGACGAGCUGGUCAUCAUCGACGGCAAGGCGGAGAAUUUCUGGUGGAAGUGCCAGUCACAGAGCAGCUGGGAGAUCGGCUUCCUGCCGCACCAGGUGGUCGAGCCGUUCAGACGGCGCAACCAGGACGACAUCAGCCGGCCGCUCAGAAACUCCUUCAUACACACCGGUCACGGCUCCCCGAUGGGUCAGACCUGGGGGAGCCCUGCCUUUAUCGACGAGGUGUACCUGCGGAACCCACUGGAGCCGCCCGACAUCCGCGACGAGCGGGUGACCCGCGCGCGGCCCAUCCGGCCCGUCCAGUCCUCCCUCGCCAAGAACAAGCGACAGCAGAAGCAGUACAACUACAGCAAGUUCAGCAACGACUGGUCGCCAGAGGAGUGGCAGCACGAGCGGGUCGAGUCGGCGGCGGCGCCGGUGACAGGCGGAGUCGGCCCGGGAGGCGACAGCCCUAGCCUUCUGAUCGACCUGGACAGCGGGGCCGGCGGCGGCGGGUCGAGGACAGCGGGCAGCGGCACUCCGCCCCUGCCGGCCGUGGCCACCGCUCCGGCCGACCGGUCUGAUCCCACCGGCUCCCUGCUCGACAUCAGAGAUAUACCAGAGGAGUCGGAGCUGGCCACGUACCAGAACGUGCCGGCGCUGCCGCCGCCCGAGUCCCGUCAGACCAGCCAGCGGCCCAUCUACUACGCGCCGCCGCCGGAGCCGGCCGGUCGGUACGAGCUGCAGCACGGCCGCGGCUACACCCGGGUGGCGCCGCAGCGCCCGCCGCCGCCGCAGACGGCUGGCGCGGGCCGCGGCGGCUCCUCAGAGCCGGCACGAGAUGACGUGUCAGUGUCCUCCCUGACCCCGAGCACCCUGUCAGACUCGAGCGGCGCGGCGCCCGGCCCGCCGCCGCCGCCGCUGGUCUCGGACGACCAGAAGCGUCCGUCGGACCCGCCAGAGGCGGGCGGGACCGAGUGGGGAGCCGAGCCGGCCCAGUCGGCCACUCCGAGCGGCGGCAUGGCCGCGCCCGUCGAGCACCGCAUACAGAGCGUCACCAGCCUGCUGGACGCCCAGUUCGAGCGGCUCGGCCUGGGCGGCACCGGGCCCGCGGAGCCGGCGGAGCCGACCAGCUGCUCCAGUCCGGGGGAGUACGAUCCGUUCGACACGUCCGGCAUCGUGCUGCCGCCGCCGCGGGCCGAGGAGCUGGUGCCCGACUCUGGCGAGGAGGGGAUCGAGUUCACCCCGCGGCCACGCUCGGCGGACGGAGAGGACCGGCGCGGAGCGCAGACGGCUGUGGUGCCGUACGGGGCGGGUCCGCUGGGGGUGAGUCCCGCCUCCGCCGCCGCCCCCGCUGGGUCGCCCUCUGUGCGUCCGUCGACUCUCAGCCCGGAGAUGCUCUCCCGCCUGGAGGCGGUGGUGGGCGCGCCGCCGCGGCCGGCCGCCUCCACCUCUGGCACCAUGUCGUUCCCGUCCGGUCCGACAGCGGCGCCGCAGCUGCAGGCGGAGCUGGUGAGCCGCAACCUACAGCUGAUCGCGCGCGCGCAGGUGGGCCGGUCCGCGGGCACGCUGCCGCCGGCGCCUCCCGCGCCGCUGGCCGAUAUGUACCGCCAGCAGUCGGCCAGCCUGCACCGACUGCACACGGCCGGACUGGGAGCCAGCCGGUUCGAGGACAACUUCUCUCCGUCGGCGCCCCACUACGGCUCUCUGCAGACUCUGACGCCGACAGUGGCGGCGCCGCGUCCGGCCUCUCUGGCGACUCCCUCCCCGGCCCGGGAGCUGCCCAGCCCGGCGCUGCUGGCAGACUUCGACCCGCUGCUGAAAGCGCCGCCGAGCGCCACCAAAACCGCUCAGGUUCGACCGUUCCAGUCGGGCCGACCGUCGCCCCAGUCGACUCAGUACCAGCAGGGUGGCUCCACCCCCGCGGCCCGCACCCACGCCACCCCCGCGGCACGCGCGCACACCACUUCAGCCACCACGUCUCCUCAUAAAAAGGCCGAGGUGCCGCUGGCGGUGCGAGAGGUGCUGCAGCAGCUGCCCGGAGUGCCCGUGUCAGAGGUGCGCACGGCGCUGCACACCUGUGGCGGUAACAUCCAGGGCGCGAUCCGGUUUUUGAAGGUGGACCGGCUGUACCGACUCGGACUGGCCACCAAGCCGCAGUGCGAGGCCAUGCUCUGCUCCUUCAACUGGGACGUCGAACUGGCAGCCAGCCGGAUGCUGGAUAACCUGUGAGGCGCCUCUGCCGGGACCGCAGCGGUCGGCAGCGGAGGGCCGCCCCCCGGUAAGGGUGUUGAUGGGGGUACGUAGCGCGCUAUGUGAAUGGGCCCCUUGAUGCCCGCGGAGGGUGAUUAGGUAUGCAUUAUGCAAUAUGCGCGUUAAGCAGACAAGAUCUCUGAGGCACAAUGAAGCGUUGCGAUUUCGGGCGCAUCUGGAAAUUCUAGAGCUUGAUGUAUAGAAGCCAAAUAAUAACGAAGGGUUCGUUACGUUUGGAAUAAAGCUGAUGGCAGCAGGUGAUUGAAAAAGGCACGGCAGCCCUGCGGCCGGAUCGUGCCGCAGUUGAAUAUUCGACCGAGGCUGUCGGGCUGUGGUGGCAGGAGAUAGGCCAAACUUUGCUGACACAGCUCAACGAAACACAGAAGAGUGCACAACGCUGACAAUAUGUGCAGUGGUCAGGGCGGCUGGAGUGUCCGCCCUUUGAGUUGGUAUUAACGAAGGGCUGUCCUGACUACUGAUCACUGGUCAGCCCAGCGACCAAGCUUUAAGCGCAGAAAUGUGGACGUUUUGUGUUCGAGUUAUAUACUAUGUAUUGUCAUGUGGCCGUGGAGUGAUUGAAAACUACUUAAACCGUCGCCGGGCAUGGCGCCGUCUCGUGUUGUGUCGCGUCGUUAUCCCAGUGAAGGCUGUAUUGGUUGGAUGCGUCGUGCCGUGAAGGAAGCGGCAACAAUGUCGCUGAGGGCUGUGUAUCUGUCUUCGACUGUACUCUGUAACCACAGCAGGCAUAUUCCACACACUGUAGUACUAUUUUAGGCAUUAUUUAGUCUAGGAGAUAUAACAAGUAUGUAAUCUGACUCUACUGCUGUACUGUGGCGGCUGUGAGUGUAAUUUAGCCGCCACCGACUAUUCCGCGACUAUCCCUUCCCAUUCCAUCCUUGCCCUAACGGCAUUUCACUCACAUUCUCCGCAUCGUCUGUAUGUCACCUGUGCUGUAUGUCUGUGCUGUAUGCACUCCUCGCCAAGCUGGGAAUAACUUGCUGGUCGGAUAUGCUGCAUUGGUUUGAAAAGGCAGCAGAGCUCCGUCCCCGCUUAUUUCGGUAAGGAGCCCGCUGGUGAGAAGGGUGAUUUCUCGUUAUCUGCCUGUGUCUUCCACGCCUAUUCGCGCAGAGUUUCGUUGAGCUGUCAUGUGCUGCGUAGGCUCUUUUCCGCCACUGAGUUAUCUCCGAUGGUUCAUUCACAUCAUCCUGCUGUAGGUGUCUGCGAUAAUGUGUUAGCCGCGCUGUAACGUGAAAGGGUUAUGUAAUUAUGCAUAUGUCGAUGCAAGGUGAUGUGCUUCCGAGAGCAUUGCUCAGUUUUUCCGUAAUCUCGUGUUCGGUGGCUGCCGUCUGCUUGCAGUAAACAGCCCUAGGUCCGUAUGGUUGUUCACUCUUGCCACUCUGUUCAGGCGAGCUCGUGUUCUCUCGUAGGACCGCGCUGUUCUCGGCACCACUACAAUAGGCUACAAUAGUUUUAUCGGUAAUUCGUAUUUAUAACGCUGUCUGUCACUGUGCAUUGUUCAGAGGAAAACGUUUGUUGUAUGGCAUCGUUUAGCCAUAGGCAUGUUACACACAUAUUGAUGAUUUAUGCAUAGUUUCGCAAGGUAGAUGCAUCUCGGCAUUGUAUUUUUGUAGGUUCUGCGAUGGCAUCAUGGGCAGGUGCCGCUGACUGGAGAGACGCAUCUCCUUACGCCUGUGUUUGAUAGAUGCUGAUUAUUUUUGCUGAAAUGUGUCGUUAGAUAUCGUUGCACUCAUCUAUACAGAUGGGCCGGCGUCAUGAAGUUACAUCGGACAAUGAACGGACAAUGAAAAAGAUGCAGCAAAAAAAGGCUUUCUUUGGUAGCUUAUCUUUUCACGAUUAGGAGACUGAUGGGAACUAUUAUUGCUAUCACCGUUAGUUCACUUUGUCCGUCACUUGUUCGAUUGAUAUUGGUGACGCCGGCCCGUCGCAGCACCAAUUGGUACUGGCGACAGAUCUGAGAUAGCUCCGGGACUGCUGAGUAUGUACGGCGCACGGUACGCCAACUGGUGGACGAGACCAAUACACUCAGUCUUUGAGAGAA